AUGGCUGAUGAUGAUAUUGUUGUGCAGGAUGAGCCAACCAGAGAAGAGCCAGAGCUUGCGCAAACUGAGGAUAAGAAGAAGAGUCCUCUGAGGAUUAACGUACCUUUUGUUGAUGCUAUAUCGCAGAUGCCCAGGUAUGCGAGAUGCUUGAAGGAGAUUUUAAGCAACAAAAGGAAGCUGGAGGAAUUGGGACUAGUGACACUAAAUGAGGAGUGCUCAACCAUUCUUCAAAAUAAGCUACCAGUAAAGAGGCGUGAUCUAUGGCAUUUUACUGUUCCCUGUAUUAUUGGUGAUUUGCAUAUUAGUGAUGAUUUAGCUGAUUUAGGAGCUAGCAUCAAUUUAAUGCCUAGCAGUUUGUUUGAAAAAUUAGGUUUGAGUGAGCCAAAACCUACUAGGAUGAGCGUACAGUUAGCGGAUAGGACUGUGAAAUUUCCUAGGAGAAUAGUUGAGGAUGUACUUGUUAAGGUAAACAAGUUUAUAUUUCUUGUUGAUUUUGUUGUUAUGGAUAUGGACGGUGAGAGUAGCAUACUUUUAAUCUUAGGUAGACCUUUCCUUGCAAUAUCUAGGGCUAUUAUAGAUGUAUGUGGUGGGAAGUUACAACUUAGAGUAGGUGAUGAGACUAUUACCUUUGACCUUAGCACUCUUAUGAGACAUUCACUUGACCAUGAUGAUACUGCAUAUUUUGUAGAUGUUUUGGGUGAUAUUGUGGGGUCUAAAUUGUAG